AUGGACUCAGCGACUUUGGCCGAACAGCUCCGCGCAAUGCAAGACCAGUCACCCGCACAAACGCUCUCAACCGAUCAUCUAAGCCCCACGCAUGGAAGAUGUUCGCGACCUGGUUCGCCACGCUCCCAGCGCGACGGCAAUGUCGGCCUCCUACCCGGCGAACCAUCGGCACCAGAAGCCACCUUACCCUCAUCAUCCCCCACCCUGCCCAUUGCAGCGUUCUGCGCCUUUACGGAAUGGUGGGCGCAUACAGCUAACCCGCUGUACUUUGAACUGCCUACCGUCAAAUCCGCCUCCUCAUUGCUCUCAAACCUUUUCCCGCAUUUUGAAGAAGCAUCCACACGCUACCCCUCCGGCUUCCGCAAAAUUGUUUACCGCCAUCUUCGCAAAGAUCUUGUCCUGGCGGGGCUCCUCUGCAAUCAAGUGAUACCCCCCGGCUCCGCCGAUGACACCGCCCUAUUUGCUUUCGCUUCCACAGCCUUGUCCACCGCCUAUGAACCCCUGCAGACCCGGACCCGAUGGCAGGUCCUGCUCAUACUCGCAAUGAUACGACAGAGCGCCAUCCGAAUCGGCAGCAUCCUUCGCUCAAAAGAGCCUGGUUGCCCAGAUACAAGCAUGACUUACGGCGACCUCCGCCUACGUAUCAAGCCAGCGCUGUCACCCUGUGUUUCAAAGACGCUUCCCCGCGACCAAGCUCUAUGCAGAGGGUUUGUCAAUGGCGGCUCAGUCACAUGGAACACCGACCGGAUGCACGACGCAUGCAAAAGAAUCUCACGCACGGCUGGUUUCCCGCGUAGCGUCACCCCCCACGCAGUCCGGAGGGCCGUGGCAGUCCGCAUGCAUUCCCAAGGCGCCAGCAUCGCUCAGGCAACACAGCAAUUAGGUCAUAAGCUCGCUUCCGAAGUCAUGCGGAGAUACACGGGCGACAUGCCCGGAGUGGACAUUGCUGCUUAUAUUCAUCGCAAAUCGGCCACUGAACGCAAGAAGGUUCAGGGCUUUAUGGCCGAGUCGGUUAGCUUGCACCCAAACCUUUUCAAAGUGACAUCGAACGCUCCCAUUCACCUGUCGCUCACAGGGGUGCAGACACUACAAGAAAGCCCCGAGUAUACCACCCUGCUCAACGCCCACCAGAUCCUGUGCUCUGAAUCGCUCAAACCUUUUGGGCCUUUCAGAGCAGCCCCGCCCGACGUCCAACAGGCUAUCGCUUUAGCCGAGGUUUGUCGACUGUCGUGCCAGCUGUCCGAAGAUCCCGCGGACAUAGAGGAGGCUGUUGCAUCUAUGCCAGACCUGCUCGGGAGCUCUGGGGAGCUGGUCGAGUACAACGCCGAGACGCUCGAAUGUUUGUUGGGAACGGCCAGCAUGCAGUACCCUCACGAAUUCGCCACCUUAGCAGACGCAGAGUCCCACCAAAGCCUCGAAGACGAAGCCACCGAGCAAGAAUCCGACGCAGACGACGUAGCGACAGGAGACGGACCGGCGCAUGAUCCUGCCCACUCCGUCCCACGAGGACGCACCCUUCACCUGCUCAACAAAGCUUCCCUGCUGCUCGAGCCUUGCCAAUUGCCGAUAUACAACAUCAUUGCGACCUGUCAGGUCAAACUGCUCAUCAACAAGGGGGCGAUAGCUCCGGCGGACUUGCUCCAGGCGGUGGACACUGCCUUAAGGCGAAAAGGUAUCGUACGCUGUGCAGACCCCGCUUGCGGCGACGGCGAAUUCCCCGACUCUGGGCUGCUCAGAGAGCAUCUCAUCUACGCUCACGGGAUAUGGCUCCCCUUGCAAAGGCCCCGGUUCAAGGCAGGGCAGACCGACCCAAAUCCCCUCGGCUUCCCUACCUUGGCUCCGUUCUGCUACCUCCAGCAGCGCUAUCUGCCCGACCCAGCCGAUCAUUACCGAAACUGCUUCGAAUCAUAUGAUGCGGUCUACAAGGAGGCGUCCGCCUCGCCCUGGGGUGUGCGAACGGACUUGAUCGUGCCCAAAGACGUCAGCACAAAGGAGCCCGCACCAGGUAAUCCGCCGGACACUCGGUAUGCACUCGAGGUGGAGAAGGGCAGGCUCGUCAUACACCCCGGCAUCUGUCUCUUGUGCGUUCACGAUCCCGCGCUUUCAUUCACUCACAGGCUCCGCCAACACCCGCCUAAUUCCUCAGCAUUCCGCAGUCAUAUCAGAGAUUGCUUGGGCAAACUGUGGUUAGCGGCAGAAGAACGUCAGUCCUCCGCGACCCCGCAUAGGGACGAAGAUGGUCCUUUUGUGUUCUGCUUUCUCAAUGGGGUGCUAGCUUGCCCUGAUCCGACCUGUCGCCUGGCGGGACGUACGCACGCCGACAUGCUUGAGUUUUUGCAACAUAUGGCAGCCGUUCACCUGCUCUGUGUCGGCGGGGGAGAUACGCGUUAUAAGCGCAAAAAUCCCACCUUUGCGGGGACGGCAGGAGGUAGCCUCAAAGAGCUGAAGGAGCUCCUGUUCGGAUUUCGGGUAGAGCGUACGGGGGUAGCAGACGCUUCGGAUACGGCGGACAGAUCGGAGCCAGAAGGUUCGGGCCAGGCAAGUGAGCCGACAGUCGCUGGCAGUCAGAACCAAGCACACACGUCGGGGAUCUGGGAGCAGGUGGGGGAGCAUGAUCGGCAGGAAGCGAUGGACGAUGAUCAGCAGGGAGCGAUGGCAAUUGAAACAGAGUCUGCGGGGGAGAAUGGAAAGCAACACGCUGGAGUAAAUCACAAGAAGGCAGCGGUGGGAAAAGGAAAGGAGUCUCGCCACAAGGUGGCGAAGCGAGCCGGCAAAAAGCGUGGGAGAGGCAUCGGUCGGGGCAGCUUCACCGAUGAGCCUGACGGAGAAAGCAGCGCAGGAGAAUCAUUUGACGCCAGCUCAGAAGGCGAAGGGGCAACCGACAGCGACGCGCCAAUGAUGCCAGAACGCGGUACAGCAUUGUGUUUGCCUGGGGGAAAUGCCACGGGCAGCACCGGCCAGCGUCUCCGCAACGGCAAGCGCCUGGGUGAUGUGGACAAAUGA